GCGGCGUCGAUUUCGAAUAUUGAAAAGGGGGUAAGAAAUGGAAGGGUUUUAGGGGUAGAGUGAAAAAACCAUUUUAAUUCAUAAUUUUGGAAUCGCUAAUACACAGUAAUCAUUAAAAUCCUAUUUAUCUCUACCAUAAUUGUUUGCUCUCCUAAAUUAAUAAAAUGUCAAACGGCCCAUCUUCGGAAACGCCUAUGACAAACUACAGUUCCUAUCCCAAACCCGAAGCUGAAUAUCAACAAAUUAUUCAAAACCCAGAUAUUUUCCUGCAGAAGCUUCGCGCUUUUCACGCUUUCUACGGCACCAAAUUCCGGAUCCCUACUGUGGGAGGGAGUUCUUUAGAUCUACAUCGACUUUUUAUAGAGGUGACCUCUCGAGGUGGUAUUGAAAAAGUUAUAGGAGACCGCAGAUGGAAGGAAGUCACUGCAGCUUUCAACUUCCCAACUUCUAUUACAAGUGCAUCAUUUGUUUUACGAAAGUAUUAUCUCUCAUCCCUUUAUCAUUUCGAGCAGGUUUAUUAUUUCCGGAAAGAAAAACCACCCAAUAAAGAAGCAGGUCAAACAUUGUCAUAUGGCGAUGAUGAUGGUGCUGCAUCUGAGAAACUAUCAGCAAGCUCUAACUUGGGCGAUGGUAGCUUAGUCUCUGGAACAAUAGACGGAAAAUUUGAUGAUGGAUAUUUAGUUACAGUGAAGCUGGGAUCUGAGGUUCUGAAAGGUGUCCUUUAUCACACACCUCUGGAACCAGAUGCAUCCCAAAGUCGUAGCACUUCUGACGAGCCUGUUCACCUAACCCGGAGAAAGAACCAUACGGCCUUUAAAGAUCCAGCUCAUCCCAAGCGAAAUAGAAGUGGUUACACCUUCUUUUUUGCUGAGCAAUACCAGAUACUGAGGCCUUCAUACCAUGGGCAAGAAAGAGCUAUCAGCAAAAAAAUUGGGCAACUAUGGAGCAAUAUGACAGAGGCUGAAAAACAGGUAUACCAGGAUAAGGGUUUGCGAGACAAGGAAAGAUACAAAGCUGAAAUGUUGGAGUACAAGUCAUCCCAACAUGUGCAAGGUUAAUAGGCUUUAUUGUUGGUUACUUGGGGUGUCUCCUCUCGACGGAAUUAAUUCUCUAGGCUUUCAUUUUCCUCUCUCUCUCUCUCUCUCUCUUUGAUAUUGUUUGUAGAGAAACGACUGAGACGUUACUGUUAUAUUUCUAAUUGGCAACAAAGAAGAACUCGUAUGGGCAGAAAUAGAAUUUUUUUUCCUGAGGAAUGUGCUGUACUGUAGUUUGUUGUUGUUUACGUUUAACUAUUGAUGUUCUUUAAUUUUUCA